CAAGACUCACGAGAAAGAGAAAAGGAAAAGAAAACUAGGGUUUGAUGGUUGGAUCCUCGUAUAAGAACACCCUCAUUCUUUCAAACUCAUUGCAAUAUUCCUCUUUCUCUUUCUCUUUCCCUACACCGUCUUUGAAUCAUGGGAAACUUUGCCCUAGCCAAUGUCCUCUUGUUCCUUCUCUUGAACAUCACCAACUUCCUCAAUGUUAUUGCUUGUCCUUAUUGCCCUUACCCAUCUCCUAAGCCCCCAAAACACCCUCCCAUAGUGAAACCACCCAAACCCUGUCCUCCACCCCACUCAUCUCCCAAACCUCCACAUGUGAAUCCACCCCAUGUUCCAAAACCCCCUCACUACCCUAAGCCACCCUAUGUCCCAAAACCUCAUCCUAGACCACCGCUUCACCCACAUCCCCCUCAUGUUCCACUACCACCAUAUGUCCCCAAACCACCAGUUGUCACACCACCCUACAUCCCUAAACCACCGGUUGUUCCGGUUACACCUCCUUACGUCCCUAAACCACCAGUUGUUACACCACCCUACAUCCCUAAACCACCGGUUGUUCCGGUUAUUCCUCCUUACAUCCCUAAACCGCCAGUUGUCCCCGUUACACCUCCUUACAUCCCUCCUUACGUUCCUAAACCACCAGUUGUGCCAGUUACACCACCUUAUGUGCCAAAACCACCUAUUGUGUACCCUCCUGUGGUGCCUGUGACACCACCAAGCCCUCCAAGCGAAACACCAUGUCCACCACCACCACCAGCACAACCAACAUGCCCUAUCGACUCUCUAAAACUGGGAGCGUGUGUGGAUGUGCUCGGUGGCCUCAUCCACAUAGGUAUUGGAAGCAGUGCUAAACAGACAUGUUGUCCACUUCUUGCAGGGCUUGUGGAUUUGGAUGCUGCAGUUUGCCUCUGCACAACCAUUAGGGCCAAGGUCCUCAACAUCAACAUCAUAAUCCCCAUUGCUCUUCAGCUUCUCAUUGACUGUGGCAAGACCCCCCCAGAUGGAUUCAAGUGUGCAGAUAGUUAGUUAAUAUAUAUUUAUCAAGGAAUUGCAUAACUCAUGCAUGAAUAAGUGAAGCAAAGUGGAGAAGAUGUAGUGAAGAAAUCGUUUCUCUUUGAUGAAGUUGUAUACAGAGACAAUUUAACUAGGAGGGAAAUUAGUUUACUUGUUGAGACUAGAUAAUUUUGUGAUGUUCCAUGUUAAUGUAUCAUUGGCAUGGCAGCAUCAACUUUCAAAAUUUCUGUGCUUUUCUUUCUCUAUUUGUUGUCUUGCAUGUGUGGUUCUGUGUGCAUGUCAGCGUGUGUAAGUUCACCCGUGAGUGAGUGAGUACGUUGGGAAAUGUACAAGUUAAAAGUUCAAGUUAGUGAGUUUUCAGAAUUUUCUUCCAAA